AUGCGGGCGAGUGUGGCGGCUGGAUGGGGAAUCGAGGAAGAGGAAAAUGAGGAGGAAUGGGAGAAAGAAAAAAAGGAGAAGGAGGAGGAGGAUAAGAAGGAGGAGGAUAAGAAGGAGGAGGAUAAGAAGGAGGUGGAAAAGAAGGAGGAGGAUAAGAAGGAGGAGGAUAAGAAGGAGGAGGAUAAGGAGGAGGAUAAGAAGAAGGAGGAUAAGAAGGAGGAGGAUAAGAAGGAGGUGGAAAAGAAGGAGGAGGAUAAGAAGGAGGAGGAUAAGAAGGAGGAGGAUAAGAAGGAGGAGGAUAAGAAGGAGGAGGAUAAGAAGGAGGUGGAUAAGAAGGAGGAGGAUAAGAAGGAGGUGGAUAAGAAGGAGGAGGAUAAGAAGGAGGAGGAUAAGAAGGAGGUGGAUAAGAAGGAGGAGGAUAAGAAGGAGGUGGAUAAGAAGGAGGAGGAUAAGAAGGAGGUGGAUAAGAAGGAGGAGGAUAAGAAGGAGGAGGAUAAGAAGGAGGUGGAUAAGAAGGAGGAGGAUAAGAAGGAAGAAGUAGGAGAAAGAGGGAGUUUAAACCUGGAGGGUGGAGGGUGGCCUAUACCUCACCUGACCAUCCUCUACCAGGUUGGGAUGAAGUAUUAA